AUGGACUUGGGCGAGAUAUGGACAAAGUUGGAUAUGUUAUAUGAACAUUGGUGCACAGCUAUCCGUCAGCAGCAAUGGUUCCAAUCAUUAAUGCAAUCUACGCCAUUGAACCGGUCGACAGCAGGAUGGUUGCUGGCUGACCUUAGGUUUCCCACCAAGUCACUCAAUAACCUCCAUCUGGCGUCGACCACUGCAGACCAUAUCUCAGCCCGGCCAACCCUCUACCUGAUCUCGAGCAUACCAUUGCUGAUCAUUUUAAUAUGCCUCUCAACAUGGCUAAUUACCACCAUCCAAUUCUGGCGUACCGUGUCCAGAUCCAAGAAGCAAGCAGCCCGAGCAUCGGCAGAUGUAAAGCCCAUCGCGCCGCCUCUUCUGCCAUACGCGAUUCCUUGGUUAGGCAGCGCCAUGAGCUUUCUGAACGAAGACCCAGGCUCGUUCUGGAAAAUGCUGCAAAAGAAACUGCAAGAUACGGACGCCAAGAUCCCGAUCUGUACCAUUCUUCUUGGAGGACAAAAGGCUCAUGUGGUCAAUUCGGCGACAGCUGUGCAGGCCUUGUUCAAGAGCAAACAGGUCUCGCGUGACCUGUUCAACCAUCAACUCGCAACCCAGGCACUAGGCGCGUCCGAGUACGAUGCCGAGCUGAUGUUUCCACCCAGCAGGCCGACAGAAGAUUUGGACGACCACAAAAAAAGAAACGAUCGAACAGAAAAGAUGGAAGCACUCAACCACGAAUUCCUGCUGAGUCAGUCGGCGGUCAACUCGUUAACCACCAAGUUCAUGGAUUGUCUCCAUUCCGUCCUCGAUCGGGCCGAUAUCGACCACGAAUGGAAAACCAUUGAUUUGUUCAGUUGGUGGAAAAAAGCCAUGUUUGAGGCUUCCACAACAGCCGUCCUGGGAAGUACCAUACUGCAAGAAAAUCCAGAUCUUGCGGAACAAUUCUGGCAAUAUGAAGCUGGCCUUCUGGCCAGAUUCUAUGGUCUGCCGAGAUUGGUCAAACCGGAUGCCUACUCCUGUAUGGACGUGAUGCUCAACAGGACACAAGAGUGGCUGCAAAGGGGCCUUACUCAACACCAUAUGAUGCCUCCGGAAGAGCCGGACUGGGAGCCACACUUUGAAUCCAAGGUUGUCAGAGCCAGACAUAGACUAUACCAGGAGUUUGGGCUGAAACCCAGAGGCAGGGCCGCCUUUGACCUGGGUUUCCUAUUCGCGCUUCAAGCAAAUGCCAUUCCGUCCACUUGCUGGUUGUUAGCCCACCUUCUGUCACCAGUCACACCUCAUGACGUCCUCGACAGGAUCCAAGAGGAAUUCAAGCAUGCCCAAACUCCAACCGGAGACAUCGACGUCUCGAGACUCGCUUCCCAGCCUCUCCUCAAUUCCGCCCUACACGAGACCUUGAGGCAUUACGUGGAUUCGUUGGUAACUCGUCAACUCCAAAAGGACAUGGUGGUCGAUGGGUAUCACUUGAAGAAAGGUGAUUUGAUCAUGGCCCCAAGUUCGCUCAGUCAGCAUGACCCUACCUUCUGGGAACAAGGCGAUGCACCUUCUGCGGACAACUGGUAUGCAGAACGGUUCUUGAGACGUGAUGAUGAAACAGGCAAAGAGUACUUCAGUACCUCUUGGGCAUCAGGCAAGUUCUUCCCUUUCGGCGGGGGAUCACAUGUAUGUCCUGGCCGAGUGUUUGCCAAACAAGAGAUGCUAGGGGCACUCGCAACCCUUUUCCAGAGAUUUGACAUAAAGUUUAUCGAAUAUGUGGACACCAACCGGAGCGGGAAUCGUGCCGAUUUGGGGAAAGCCGCAUCCGGAUUUCCAAAAGUGAAGCGACAAUAUGCUGGCAAUGGAACAUUGAAGAUGGAUGGAGACAUUCGAGUACAAAUAAGGAGAAAAUGA